AUGGCCAUGAGCGAUGAUGCUGACGACGGUGAAGCCCACCUGCCAGCCCCGGCUCUGCAAGCGCUGGAGAAGACGGCAGUGGAGCGGUCAGUUGACGAUAUUGCCGCCAUUCUCGCCAUCUGCGAGUCGUUGCCGGCGGUGAGCAAGUAUCCUCGCCACACCCGCCGUGAGCUCGCCCGUCGCAUGGUACUCGUCCGCUACGCCGCUGGAGAGGUCGUCUUCUACGAGGGCGAUGAGCCCGACGGAUAUCGCAUCAUCCUAGCCGGAUCGGUCUACGGCAUGAAGCAGUCGGCCGAUGCUGCAGCCGCUGCAGCCGCCGCAGGUGUCGUCGCCCUGGCUGACGGGCCGGUCGAGGGCAUCUCUAUCGAGCCAUCGGCUCCGUCGGCCGCCGACCCGCCUGCAGACAAAGGCGGAGUGCCGGCGCCGCGGCUCAAGCGCGGACGCGCUAUGGAGACCUUUUCGCAGAUCAUCUUUACGCUCCGCGCCGGUGACGGCUUUGGUGAGGGAGCCAUGCAAAAGGUGUCGUCGUGGGACGAUGACUCCUUGCCCGGUACUUCUGGUGUGGAGGAGCACAAGCGCAAGUUCGGCGUCCGCGGCGCAACCAUCAAGUGUGCCGAGCCGACAGAUAUCUUGCUCGUCUCGCUCAACGAUUACGUUCAGAUCCUCGAGCUGGCCAUGCAGCGGGAUCUCGAGGAGCGAGUCGAGUUCCUCUCACAGCGCCCGCUGUUCUACGGCUGGUCGUCGAGCCGCAUGAAUCAGCUGGCAAAGUGCAUGACCAUCGAGAAGUUUCUUCCCAACAAGCCCAUCAUCCUGCAGGGCUCCGAGGGCAAGUUUCUUUGGAUGAUCCGCGCCGGCUCGGUUAAGAUCGUCCGCGAGCUCAAGGUCGGCAUCUCGCGCAAGACUAGCGAGCCGGUCCGCAAGUUCCUCCACAUUGCCACGUUGGGCGUCGGCGAGUUCUUUGGUGAACUCGCCAUCAUCCACAACGCCCCUCACUCGGCCUCGGUCCUCGCAGCCUCCAAGUGCGUCGUCUACAAGCUACCCAAGCCCGAGUUUACCAAGUUCAUCGUCGACAAGGCCCUCGAAAUUGUCCAGCUCACCUCGGCCAACUACCCAUCCGACGCUGAGCUCCUCGCUGCCUACCGCGAGCAGCUCACCUGGGAGCGCUACAAGUCCCGCGUCGUCGAGCGUGUCCUCUCCAGGAAGCGCACACGCCGCGAGUUGCAAUCGUACUCCAACCCCACCCUCCGUGGCUUCCGCUCGCCGCCAUCGCUCCCCUCGCGCGGCUCGCCUACUCGUCCGCCGUCGCAACUGCACAACGCCACGCUCAGGUGA